CAACAAACCAGAAAAAGAAAAGAAGAUGAAAAAGGAAAAGAAGAUGAAGAUGUUUGCAUGGCAACACCCUGUGCAGUAUUAGCAGAGGAGAGGCUGGGGGAGGAGCAGAACUGAAACGUGCUGCGGUAAGAAGACGAUCACUUGUGCCAACAAAGCAUUGAAAUGAUUUCUUCAGAAGAGGCAGAAACUGACAGGAGCAGAAGUCAUCAGUGUCAGAAGUGUGGGAAAUCUUUCAGUCGGAUCUGCAGUCUCAGAAGACAUGAACUCACUCACCCUGCAGAGGAACCAUACCAGUGUGAACACUGUGACAGCUCUUUCAGCCAACUAAAGACUUACAAGCUACACCUGCACACCCACGCUGAGGAAACACCAUCCAACUGCGACCAGUGUGGGAGGCAUUUCAGCAACCAGAGUUCCUACAGGAAACACCUGCGGGAUCACACCGGACCAUACCAGUGUGACCAAUGUCAGAAGACUUUCAGUUACUUUAGUAUUUACAAGAUACAUAUGCGUGUACACACUAAAGAAAAGCCUUACUGCUGCGACCAGUGUCCAAAGAGUUUUAGUUUUUUAAGUUCAUACAAGCGGCACCAGCUCAGCCACACUGGAGAGAAGCCGUACCAGUGUGACUUUUGUGGAAAAAGUUUCACUCAAUCAGGGCAUUUCAGUCUGCAUUUGCGUAACCAUACUGGGGAGAAACCACAUGAGUGUGACCAAUGUGAAAAGUCUUUCAGUGACUUAAGUAGUUACAAGAUACACCUGCGUGUCCACUCAGGAGAGAAACCAUACUGCUGUAGCCAGUGUGGGAGGAGCUUCUCUCAGUUAGGUAAUUACAAAUCACAUCUGCGUAUCCACACCGGAGAAAAGCCUUUCCGCUGUGAACUGUGUGAGAAAAGCUUCUCUAUCUCAAAGACCUACAAACAACAUGUGCGUACCCACACUGGAGAGAAACCGUUUCAGUGUAAAGAAUGUGGGAAAGGUUUUGGUCGACUAAGUAACUACAUGCGUCACCUUCGUAUUCACUCCGGAGAACAGCCAUACAGCUGUGACCAGUGUGGGAAAUGUUUUAACAGUUCAUAUAGUUACAGCCGGCACCUGCGUGUGCACACCGGAGAGAAACCGUACUGGUGUUCACACUGUAAGAGGCUGUUUACUCGCUCUCAGUCAUUAAAGAAACACCGCUGUGUUGCAGUAGAGGACGAAAGUUCCACUGUGUGUAAACAAGAAGCACAACUGAGCUGCUCCCCAGCAGAACCAACCAAUGACCACCAACAGCAGCCUGUACAGUAAACUACAGUGUGCGUGUUCAUGGUGAUGAAGCAGCAUGUCACCCAGUCCAGCAGCCUUUUUAAUUUGUAUGUUAUUGUUUCUGGACAAAUGUGGAGCUCUAUCUAAGGAAUAAGAUAUUUGAAGCUUUGAGCCCCAGCGACACAAAAGUUAAAUACAUCUUCAUGAUUUGUUCAUGAUAUUUGUUGACAUCUAAGAUGCAAUAUGCUGCAUUUCCCCAAGAAAGCAUGGUAUGGACUGAUUAUUCUUGAGCUUCCCCAUAUCAACAGCUUCAAUCCCAAUUUUUCAGUGAUCAAAUUUCUUUACAACUUGUAACAACAACAACAACAACAACAGCAACAACAGCAACAACAACAACCACCACAACCACCACAACCACCACAACCACCACAACCACCACAACCACCACAACCACCACAACCACCACAACCACCACCACAACCACCACAACCACCACAACCACCACAACCACCACAACCACCACAACCACCACAACCACCACAACCACCACAACAACCACAACAACCACAACAACAACCACAACCACAAUCACAACCACAACCACAGGGUAUCUGCAAAUUUUUUGCGACCCUUUUUGAUAAAAAUAUAUUUGCUGCAUCAACCAGACAACAUGCAUCAUUAUUGAGGAGGGGUGCAUCGAUUGUAGAAUUCAUUGUUUUUGUUGAUCCCCGUUCUGUGCGAGCGAAGACUUCGUCAUCGUUAUGAAAAAUGGAAUGUUAAAAUCUACUUGGUAGUACACCCUACUGCUUUUUUUUUCAAAAUGUAUAUGUUUUACAUACAUACGUUUUGCAUCUUAGCCUGUUGAAGUAGAAACUCUACUGCUAAAGUGAGCAUCUCUGUUGCAGGCAGCCACAUCUAAUCCCAGAUGCGAGGCACUUUGGCAGGAAACAUGUCCUUCUCACUGCAUGUAUCUGAUCUGUCAAACUGACAUGUGAUGGAUGUUUUACAUUUUCAUUCCGGAGUCUUGUCUGCUUCUUCUCUGGAUCAGCAUCUUGGUAUUGCCUGUUGUCUGAGUCCAACUGCAAUGGACAUUUUGCCAGUGUACAAAUGUGUGAGAAGGUUUGCCCACUGCAGAUGUGAUUUGUUAAACGUUAUGCUCAGUAUAUGUGUAGAUUUAAAGAAAAUAUUCAUUUCAUGUGAAAUGAUCAUAGUCCAUCAUAACAGUGUUGGGCCCUUUCAAGUUUAUGAGUGGUCAAACACGUGAAAUUUUAAAUAUAUUAACAAACAGCACACUAUUACGAUUAUUACUGACACAUUUAUUAUGUAAUGUAGUGUAGUGUCUGUCUGUGAUCCAUGGAAGAUAAAGAUUGAAGUCACCAUUAAUUGGCUACUAAUGGAAUAUUGUAAAACUAAAUAAAUGUGUCUGAAAAAAAGGUUUUUAACGGAGUGCUCAAAUGACCGAAUACAUACAGUGGGGCAAAAAAGUAUUUAGUCAGCCACCAAUUGUGC